AUGCUGCCCACUCUGCUGUUGCUCCUACCAGUCCUAAGUCCAACUCUAGCCUGGAUAUCAGAUGAGGACUGGGAGUCUGGUAAUGUGACGUCAUCAGUGGGAGAUUCGGGUCAGUGUGUUUGUCAGGUGUACCUGCCUGACACCACCUUCCCUGCUGACCGGGUGCAGCACAUGCAAGAAGUUAGCAGGGAUCUGAUCCAGGAAGUGCAAAUUCAAAAGAACAAGAUAGAGUCUUAUGAAAUGAAGCUGGAGGCCUACUUGGGAGAACUGCAAGAGCUGCAUAAUAGAGUCUCCAUUCUGGGAUCCAGUGCUGAUGACUACAUCAAACUGGACUUUGAGCUGCUCAGGAUUGAACUCAGAGAGUUUGAGUCUCUGGUGUCUCAGCUCAAAGAUGCCUUCAAUUCCUCCUCUCCCAUGUUUGACACACUCUAUACUGAGAUCCGAAACAUGACACUUAUUGUGAACCAGCUGGAGUUCUACGACAAGAGCAACCUGGAAGUGAUCCGCAUCGAGUUUGCCAAACUGCAGAGGAAGCUGGAAGAGUGCCAGAAGGACCAGGCGUUUGUGAAGCCAGAUAUCGGCAACUGCAAUCACACAGGAAUCAUGAGCAUCGGCAAGCCCAUGGUUGCACAGCUGAACUCUCAUUUGCAGACAGGUUACAUAUAUGGUGGCUGGGGGAAGGACUCCAAACCUGCUAAAGGUUCUGAGUCAAUGUACUUCUACAGUGGAUACAGUGAUGUCUUAACUCAUCAGUUCUAUUUCUACUUGGACUAUAAAAACCUGCUUCUGAUGAAGCCAUCUAGAUAUGUGGGAAUGCCAACUAGUUAUAGAGGCCAUGGUAACAAUUACAUUGUUCAUGGCAACACCAUUUAUUAUCAGAGAAACUCACCCUUUAGUAUGGGCAAGCUCAAUCUGACCAGCAACCAAUACGAUUCAAGGGUGAUCCCAACCGCCAGCCCAGACUUCUCGUAUAGUUACUCGAGCAACCAGAACAUGGACUUUGCAGCGGAUGAAACCGGGCUGUGGGUAAUGUAUGCCUCUGAUGAGAGCAAAGGUAAAAUAGUCAUUGCAAAGGUAGAUGAGAAAGGCUUCGGCAUUGAGAACGUGUGGAACACAGCGGCGUUCAAACAGAUGACCAGCAACGCCUUCGUGGCCUGUGGAGUCAUGUACGCCACCAGGUCUGUGGACCUGAACACAGAGGAGAUCUAUUACGCCUUCGACACUAAGAGUGGGGAGGAGAAACACCUCAACAUUACCUUUCAGAAGUUCCAGGAGAAAUUUUCCAGCCUGGAUUACAAUCCCAAUGAUCAGCUACUCUACAUGUACAAUAACGGCUACUACGUGUCCUACCAUGUCAAGUUCGACAUGGAAUGA